AUGGCUCAGCAAAGGCAGAAACGGGACGUCUCAGAGGACAAAGACAAGUUUCCCUUCGACAUUGUGAAGUUAGCGCUGCCUCCAGAAGCUCAGCUGCCGCCGGAUGAUGAGGUUCUGGGGGACCACGAUGACUCUCCCUCAGACGACCUGGCUGAGUCGUCGUCCAAUCAGGAGCUGGAUAAGUCGCCCACUGCGGCUUUAAGAGUCCAGGAGGCGAUUCUGAAGGAGCUCGCCAACGAAGACGUGCACAAGGUGACGUGUUACGAUGGCGACGUGGAGAUGGGGGGCGGGGGUAAGGACCUGGAGGCAGAGUCAAGCGUGGCAUUCGUGGGGGGGGAUCUCGGAGGGGUGAAAGACGAGCAACAGAACUGGAGCAGCGACAUGAAGCUAGAGUACCUGCUGUACGGAGCCAGAGAUGCUCUCAGCUGCCAUGUCUGUGGAAAGGCGUUCCUUGAGGAGAGCAAACUCAGGAAACAUGAGAAGCUUCACUCUGCAGAGCGUCCGUUCGGCUGUGAGGUCUGCACCAAGGCCUUCACCACACACGCACACUUGAAAGAGCACCUGAAGAUCCACACGGGGUUCAAACCAUAUAGAUGUGACGUCUGUGGAAAGUCAUUCAUUCGAGCUCCAGAUCUGAAGAAACACGAGCGAGUUCACAGCAAUGAGAGACCGUUCGGCUGCCAGAUGUGUGACAAGGCCUUCAAACACAAGUCUCAUCUGAAGGAUCAUGAGCGUCGUCACAGAGGAGAGAAACCGUUCGUGUGUCACUGCUGCUCCAAGGCCUUCGCUAAGGCCUCUGACCUGAAGCGACAUGAGACCAACAUGCACAGUGACCGGAAGCUGCACACGGACGACGCUUUACAUGCAGCAGCUUUAGCAGCAGAGGAGUCUCAGCUAGAGGAACAUCUACAGAGCAUCUCCUGCACCUGA